GUUUUGACUUGGCCCAAGAACUUCCGGAGUCGCUGUGUCUCUGGUUUGUGCCGGAGAAACUAAAGAGUGCGAAAUGUUGUCUGUGGACUUUCUAGAUGAUGUGCGGCGGAUGAACAAGAGACAGCUCUAUUACCAAGUGCUAAACUUUGGUAUGAUCGUGUCCUCCGCACUGAUGAUAUGGAAAGGCCUGAUGGUGAUCACUGGCAGCGAGAGUCCAAUAGUUGUUGUCCUAAGUGGCAGCAUGGAACCAGCAUUUCAUCGUGGGGAUCUGCUCUUUUUGACCAACCGUGUUGAUGAUCCUAUCAGAGUUGGAGAAAUCGUGGUCUUCAGAAUAGAAGGAAGAGAGAUCCCAAUUGUACAUCGUGUUCUCAAAAUACAUGAAAAGGAAAACGGAGACAUAAAAUUUUUAACCAAGGGAGACAACAAUGCCGUGGAUGAUCGAGGACUUUACAAGCAGGGCCAGAACUGGCUGGAAAAGAAGGAUGUUGUUGGAAGAGCAAGGGGGUUUGUACCUUAUAUUGGAAUUGUCACAAUCCUCAUGAACGAUUAUCCUAAGUUUAAGUAUGCGGUCUUGUUCCUGCUGGGACUGUUUGUCCUUGUCCAUCGAGAAUAACACAAUUAACAUUUGGCGGAUAAUGUACUGUUACAGAUACAGCGUGUAUAACGAGUGCAAGAGUUAGGAACGGACAAACCUCACCUAGCAGUGUAAAGUUUUACAUUUGACAGUAUUUCUUUUUCUACAUGCGUCUAUGUGCUCUCUUUGUUAAUAAAGGGAAUGUGUCAUCAGAAAAUGA